AUGGCUUCCUACUCGCAGUACCUCACCAAAGAGCAAGAGGAUGAACUACGCAGCAUUGCCAACGCUAUUGUGGCUCCCGGAAAGGGAAUUCUCGCUGCUGAUGAAUCCACUGGUAGUAUGGAAAAGAAAAUGAAAGGCAUUGGCACGGAAAACACUGAAGAACAGCGUCGAAAGUACAGGCAGCUUUUAUUCACUGCAAGUCCCGAUAUGAGCAAGCACAUCUCGGGUGUAAUCAUGUUCCACGAGACGUUCUAUCAGAAAUGUGACGAUGGAACACGAUUUGUUGACGCGCUCAAGAAACAGGGUAUUAUACCUGGAAUCAAGGUGGGUUGCUGA